GGAGUCGUGAUCCUGGGCUCCGUGUUCAGGCAGCACUCCGUGGAUGGGAGGGUUCAGUGUGCGCACAGGAGACAGGAUCCAUGGCAACAAUCAUGGCAGAGGCAGAGACCCGACAGAAGCUGCUGCGCACCGUCAAGAAGGAGGUGAAGCAGAUCAUGGAGGAAGCCGUCACCAGGAAAUUUGUUCACGAAGACAGCAGCCAUAUUGUGUCCUUUUGUGCUGCAGUGGAGGCAUGUGUUCUGCACGGGCUAAAACGGCGAGCGGCAGGAUUUCUGCGUAGCAACAAGAUAGCAGCGCUCUUUAUGAAGGUGGGGAAAAGCUUCGCCCCGGCUGAGGAGCUGUGCAGGAAGGCCCAGGAGCUCGAGCAGAUCAUCGAGACAAAGCGGAGUCAAAGCUUGCAAAGUCAAGACAGCCUUCGCAAGAUGCCCCGACUGCCCAGCCUCAACCCGCAGGGGGUAAAGAACCUGUGGAUCAGGACGGCUCUGUUUGAGAAGGUGCUGGACAAGAUUGUUCUCUACCUGGUGGAGAACAGCAGUAAAUACUACGAGAAAGAGGCCUUUCUAAUGGACCCUGUAGAUGGACCUAUCCUUGCUUCUUUGUUAGUUGGACCUUGUGCUUUGGAGUAUACAAAGAUGAAGACAGCCGACCACUUCUGGACAGAUCCGUCUGCUGACGAGUUGGUGCAAAGACAUCGCAUCCAUAGUGGCCAUUGCAGGCAGGAUUCUCCCACUAAGCGGCCUGCAUUAUGUAUCCAGAAGCGUCACUCCAGCAGCAGCAUGGAUGAACGCCCUUCCCCCUCACCAUCAGCUCGGGAAUAUGUGGAGUCGCUGCAUCAAAACAACAGGGCCACGCUACUGUUUGGCAAGAACAAUGUGCUUGUACAGCCGAGAGACGACAUGGAGGCUAUCCCAGGUUACCUCUCUCUGCACCAGACCGCAGACAUCAUGACGCUGAAGUGGACGCCCAACCAGCUCAUGAACGGCUCUGUUGGAGACUUGGACUAUGAGCGCAGUGUAUACUGGGACUAUGCAAUGACAAUCCGUCUAGAGGAGAUCGUUUAUUUGCACUGUCAUCAACAAGUGGACAGCGGGGGGACGGUGGUGCUGGUCAGUCAGGAUGGGAUCCAAAGGCCUCCACUUCGCUUCCCCAGAGGAGGCCAUUUGCUCCAGUUCCUCUCCUGCCUGGAGAACGGCCUGCUUCCUCACGGCCAGCUGGACCCUCCACUCUGGUCCCAGAGGGGAAAGGGAAAAGUGUUUCCCAAGCUGCGGAAGAGAGUUCCUCAGGGAUCUGGAUCCUCAGACUCGGUUUCAGAUAAGGAGGAGGACGAGGCCACAGACUAUGUCUUCCGCAUCCUGUUUCCAAACAGCCAAUCGGAGUUUGUGACUCCUCCUGAUCUGAUGGAUCAGGGAGCUGCGAUGUGGCAUCCCACUCUCAGGAAGUCGUCGUGUUCCUCCUGCUCUCAGGGGAGCUUCUCUGACGGAGCGACACCCAAAGGAUGCAACCAUGAGAGGACUCCUUUGAAGCUGCUAUGUGACAACAUGAAGUAUCAGAUCAUCUCCAGGGCAUUUUAUGGCUGGUUGGCGUACUGCCGUCACCUGUCCACUGUGCGAACACACCUCUCUGCUCUCGUCAAUCACGCCAUCGUGGCGCCCGACGCCCCCUGUGACGCCUAUGAAGGGCUCAGCACAGACGUGUGGCAGAAGUUCCUGCAGGACGCCACAGCCUACAAGGAGCAGGAGCUGCUGCGUCUGGUCUACUUCGGCGGUGUGGACCCGUCACUGCGUAAAGAGGUUUGGCCUUUCCUGCUGGGUCACUACCAGUUUGGAAUGUCGGAGGCCGAGAGGAAAGAGGUGGACGAGCAGGUCCGAGUUGGCUACCAGCAGACGAUGCGCGAGUGGCUCGGCUGCGAGGAAAUAGUCCGGCAGCGAGAGAAAGAGCAGCAUGCUGCAGCAUUAGCAAAGUGCUCGUCUGGGGCGAGCAUGGACAGUUCCAGUCAAAAGAUGACCCAUCACGACUCCACUGUGAGCAAUGAGUCCCAGUCCUCCCAGAGCUCAGACAGGCAGAGUCUGGCUCGCCUGCAGAGUGAUUCCAGCAGCAGCACACAGUUCUUCACAUCCUCCCAUCCCUUCCCCUGGAGUAGUCUGCUUCCCUUUGGCUUGUUCUUUCAGGUGUUUGAGUCCGUAGAGGAGGUGGACCAGAUUGAAACGGAGCCCAAGAGCGAGGAGGCCAAACAGGUGCCGAAGAUGCCCAAUGGAGCUCUGCAGAACGGGACGAGCUCUCCAGACUCCGGACAUCCUUCCUCCCGCAACUUCUCUGUCACAUCUGGUCUGUCAGACGGAUCCUUCAGCACCGAGGACAGCGCUGCAACCGAUACGACUCCCAGACCUGCAGCUGGUCCUCAGGUGUCACAGAGCUCUGUUAAACCUGCAGGGGGCGCUACAGAGGAAAUGGACAGCCAGGAGAAAGAUGAAAUGAAGGACAAAGAGGAGGGGAAAGCACCUGAUGCAGAUCCUAGGAAGACUGAUGAUAACACAGACAAAAAAGUGACAAGUUUGCUGCCUGAAACUCAAGAAAAUAUUGAGAAGUUAGAAGCUAUUACAACAGAGUCAGUGGAAACAGAAAAAGAAGUGUCUGAUGUGGAUGCUGUGGCAGAACCAAAAGCUGCAACACAAUUAAAAGCAGAACUCACUGAACAUCAAGAAGUAGAAGCGAGCAUUGAGGAAGUGCCAAAGCUCAAAGAUGAAAAUAUGCAAGAGAUGAAGAAAAUGGAUGAAGGUGAAAUAUUCAAAGGUCCUGGAGCUCCUGAAAUGGAAAAGAAACUCGCUCUGUCAUCAGACACCGGUUCAAGAGGAAGAGAAGUCUACUGUGCAUCCCAGAAAGACGAGCUUCAGGUCAUGACUGAGUCUGAUGAGUCUCCCUCAGCCAUCGAAAUGGAGGAGAUCCCCAAAGCCAAAGUUUCCAUGGUGCCUUGGAGCAGCAGGAAGGGACACUGUGAAACGUCGUCUUCCUCUGAGGACUCGGCUCCUCGAAUGGGGCUCAGGCAGGAGGAGGAGCAGGGAAAGCUGAGUCCAGAGGGCACUGAGUCCAUCCUGUCGGAGCCAGAGAUGGAGAGCCUUUACCCUGCCUUCGACUCUCUGGUUGAAAACGUAAAGAACGAAGUGACCUCUCAAGAAUCGUCUAGGAGUCCUUUCACUCAAGAGCUAUUGGACUUAUACACACUGAAUCUGCACCGCAUUGAAAAGGAUGUCCAGCGCUGUGACCGGAACUACUGGUACUUCACUCCUGCCAACCUGGAGAAGCUGCGCAACAUUAUGUGCAGCUAUAUCUGGAGGCACCUUGACAUCGGUUAUGUACAGGGAAUGUGCGACCUGCUGGCUCCACUUCUCGUCAUUUUGGAUGAUGAGGCCUUGGCUUUCAGCUGUUUCACCGAACUCAUGAAGAGAAUGAAUCAGAAUUUCCCACACGGAGGAGCUAUGGACACUCACUUCGCCAACAUGCGUUCUCUAAUCCAGAUCCUGGAUUCUGAGCUGUUUGAGUUAAUGCACCAGAAUGGAGACUACACCCACUUCUACUUCUGCUACCGCUGGUUUCUCCUCGACUUCAAGCGAGAGCUGGUGUAUGAUGACGUGUUUGCAGUCUGGGAAACCAUCUGGGCCGCCAAGUACGUCUCCUCCAGUCACUUUGUCCUCUUCAUUGCUCUGGCGCUGGUGGAGAUGUACAGGGACAUCAUCCUGGAGAACAACAUGGACUUCACCGACAUCAUUAAGUUCUUCAAUGAAAUGGCCGAGCACCACAACAUCAAGCAGAUUCUGACUCUGGCCAGAGAUCUGGUGUGCAAAGUGCAGAUGCUGAUAGAGAACAAAUGAUUGCGCCGGUCGUCUUCUUUUCCUUCCAACUAAAGUGUGAGCGGCUGUAGCAGCACCAGAGCGAAACAUGAGCGAACACAUAAACACACACGACACGAAGCCUUUACAAUCACAGUUUGCUGCUAUGAGCCUUACUGACUGUAUCCACUAUGUUAUUUGUGUAGUCAGCAGGUGUGUGAGAAUAUUGUGCUUAAUGUUUGUCAGUAAGUGAAAACAAGUGUAACUGAAAAACUGUUUCUUUCCUUUCUAAAUAUUUUUCCCCCCAGAAAUCCCUUAAUCCGAGUGCUCUUAAUAUUUUGAGAUACAGAUGGUUUUAGUUACAAGCCAAAUUGCAGAGCUGAAUUCAACCAGAGACUAUAUUUAUGAGAAAAAUGCAUUGUGAUAAUAGUUUGUAUUAAUUAUUUUAAUAGUCCACAAGAUGAGAAAGAGAAAUAUAUCAACGCAUUAUCCUCGUAUUCCCUUAACGAAAGAAAGAAUGUCUGCAGAUUUUUAAUAUUCUUUACAUACGACACCUUAAAAUCGGAUUAAUUUUCACGAUUCAGGACACCGGCUGGUAGCCCAAAAUGUAGCCCAAACUCCACAGAAUAAUUUAGCUUUUAGCACCAUGUCAUUGAUUCAGCAUCCAACCAUAGACUGUAUAUAAAGAUGGACGUAGCAUCUGGCUCCAAAUUUGAAGCCCACCCGGAAGUGUCAAAAACUUGCAAUGUCACGCCGUCCGCUAGGAUUGGCUCCAAAAAGCUUUUUCUCCAUAGACCCCAAUUCAUUUUUGGAAAAAAUAAAAUUUGAUAGACUGAUUUUCUACGGUUCAGGAUUUUUUCCCGUUAGUUUUCAUGGUCAAAAUGAAAGAUCAGGUGGCCGAUCUUAAAAUAAAUCAAACUGAAUUUUAAAUAAAUCGUUAAAGUUGACGGAGCCAGGGGGCGUGGCUAUACUUGAUGGACAGCAACAGAAGCCUCUGCGGUAAAAUGUGGGCGGGAUAAGAGAGUCCUCAGCCAAUCCUGCCCCUAGUUGCUCUCCGGUCCAGCCUGUUUGAUGACGCUUUUUACGUCACUGGCUCCAAAAAAUCCAAAAAGGCGACCAGGAAGUAGCAAAAUCCGGGCUUCAUUUUCUCGGCGUUGAAACCAACGGGUGAUGUCACGGUUAGUUCACGCCUGCAUCCAACAGUGUUUUUGAUGUUCUUGAACUGCCUCGUCUGCCGAAUAGUAUGUCUUUAUUUGUUACAUGUGAACUGUGGUGUGCUGAGAGCAAAAUGUGUUUAAAUUAUGAGAAUUAAAUUAUGUUAACACUUGUAUAAUCAUAACCUGAUAUUUCAGUGACUUAUGGAUGUCUGCGCAGAGAUUUAUAUGAAGAAACAAGCCUGAUUUCAUAAUGUUCUUAAGUUAUUUUUCAUUAUCCAGUGAACCACUGUAUAUUUUGUAAAUGUGUGCAGAGUGCUCACCCUGAUUUUUGUAUUGUCUUGUACUGUCUGGUGCCUGUUUGUUGAAUCAAAGGUUAAUUUCUGCUCGACUAUGAUAAAGGAGGGGUCAGAUGAGGCAGCGGUCACAAAGUCCACUUUGAGUGACCAAAUGUAAGGUUUACUUCAUAUUCUUUAAACAGAGAGAUGGAAAAGGAAGGUUCAGUUUGACAAAUUCUCCAAAUUGAUUGCAAAUUCUGCAUUUUUUGAGGCAAGCUGUUUUGAUGUUUUUGGCAGAUUUGGGGUUUGUGAGAACAUGCAAGAUGCGUUUUACCCUUAACGCUCCAUCUUGUCACUCAUUAUCCUAAAAACUUUAGUCAGUUGUCCUUCAAGGAUUGUUCCAUGACUGUGGUAAGAAUCAGUUGAAUUUAAUAUCGGUGUUUACUUUGUGAAUGCUGUCGGAGAAUUAAAAAAAACAAAACAACUGUUUUAAUUUAUUGUAACGUUGACAUGCCAAAGUAUUUAUUUAUUUAUUUAUUCAUCCAUCCAUCCAUUUUCUCAUUCAGACAUCGCUUUGUUUGUAAAGCUGAUGUUUUUAUUUUGUUGCCAGUUCUAAAUAUUUAUUGUAAAACAAUCAAAUUCUAUACUAAUAGUUCAUAUAUUAUAUAUAUUAAAUAUAUUACAUGGUAUAUGUUCUUAUAAUAAAAAAUAAAAAUGGAAUAAUUAUUUUUCCAAAAGGUA